CAUACUUUUAUUGAUCUUCGAGGUGCAACGCGUAUUCUAAAUUACCAAUAAUCCUAUCAUGGAAUCGACGGCAUCGAGUGAGAUUACACUCGUUAACACUUGCGGGGUUUGCGAGGAAAUUGUGGAAGAAUCUCUAGUUCCUACACAUAAAUGCUUGGAGGGAUUCGAUACAUACUGUUUUGAUAAAAAUCGAUAUUUUUAUCCAAUAUGCGAUGAUGGAAAAAUAAUACGACGAAAUGCGAUAAAUAAUGGCAAAGAGGACAUCACAUUAGAUGAAACUAGUCAGUACGAAGAAUCGACGAUGGUCGAUAAUUCUUCUGAGUCUACGGAUAUAGACGAAUUACUUAUUGAAGAAGUUUCUAAACAUGAAGUAUUAUAUAAUUACAGUAUACUUGUUCAACAACGCAAUCGAACUGUAACUACUGAAACGUGGACAAAAGUUUCAAAAGCUUUGGAAGGGCGUUUAGACCCGAAACAAGCCGCCAAAAAAUGGAAGACGCUACGAGAUAGUUACUCUCGUGAGCAAGCCAAGGAGAAAUUGCCAAGUAGAGCAGCACGUCCUACUUCAAAGCGAAAGUGGAAGCAUUUCGAUAGAAUGGAUUUUUUGCGUGAUACAAUUUAUAGAAAAAAAACAAGUGAUAAUCUUCUUAGUGACGAAAAUGAAAAUAUACCACCCAUUCCAAAAAGACGACAAAAUGGAACAGCAUUUUUUGUUUUUAAUCGACCGUGUCGACGGGUGGCACAGCGUCAACCUCUGCACUCGAUAAAAUUGCAGAUGCAAUUACUGCAAUUAGCGCAAUUCCUAAUGUGCAAUUGCCAACGUUACCACUUCCAGACAACAAACAGGAUGAGGUAG